AUGAGAUUCGAAGCAUCAACCGCCCUCGCGGCCCUCAUCGCCCUAACAGCCGCAGAGGUCCCCCAAGAACACUCGCACGAAAAGUACCUCCGCGCCGUCAACGCCCUCCUGAAGCAGGACAACCCCAACAACAUCCAAGACGCAGUCUUUGGCCUCCUCGGCAACGCGGCGGCCGCCGCGGGCGCGGGCGACGUGACCAACCUCGACUGCCUGCACCAGACGACGGCCGACUCGGCCUUUUCCACGGCCAAGGCCGCGGGUGACGUCGACGGCAUGGCGAGCGCGCUCGUCUUCCGCGCCGUCGAGCGCAACACGGGGUCCGUGGGGCUCAAGAGCGUGUUGUGCGACGAGACGGCUGCGAACCCGGAGAUUGCGGCGCUGAGCCAGCAUCAGGACCCGGCUUCGGAGGGCGCGGCGGAGGGGAAUAAGGCUAUUACGCUCGAGUUGGCGAAGCAGCUUUCUGCUAUUGGGGCUGAUCCGCAGCUUGCGCUUGAUUCGGGCACUUUUAAACCUGGCAAUGUCAACGAUAACACCGGAGCCGGCAACACCUGCGACGAUGCCAACGAUGCAGAGGGUUGCAUCUUUAGCCAGAACCUUCUCAUCAAGGAUGCUACCCCAGAAGAGAUUGAUGCCGCUGCGUCUGGAGGUGCUGCCGGAAAUGACACGGCAGCCGCGGCCAACUCUACCGGUGCGGCAAUCCGGUUGCGUAGCAGAAGCCUCCUGAGCCAGGCUAUCCCGCCACAGCGCCGCAACGGAGGUGCCAGCGCCAGCGCCGACUCCUCCGAGAAGGUCCGUCGUCAGUCCAACAACGCCAACAACAACGGCACCGCCGACGCCGCCACGGGAACCACGGACGUCCAGACCUUUACCGGCGACCUCGGCGGCCCCGCCCCGCCCGUGACCUCGGACCCCGCCGCCGACAAGCCGUUCUCCGUCAAUGGCGCAACCUUUCUCAACGCCGGCGCCGCCCUCCAGCGCUCCUGCGCGGUCCAGCACAACGCCUGCGCGGACGCCGCGAACUCUGGGUCCGAGGAUAUUUCCGUCGCAGACUGCGACGCGCAGGAAGACGACUGCCUCGCCGCCGCGUCCCUCACAAAACUCCGCCGGGCCUCGGGCCUCAACGCGCGGGGCGCGCGGCGGAUGCGGAUCGCGACGAAGCAGCUGCUGAAGGGCCGGCAGGCGUUUGAUUUUGGAAAGUGUCAGGAUCCGAGUAUUCAGUUCGCUGCUGGUCUCGACGGGCGGAAAGAGGCUUCGUUUGCGCCCGCGGGCGACUUUGAGCACGGCUCUGCAUUGAAUAUUGGCGUCAUUAGCGGGUUUAUCUGUGGCCAGCUUGAGAGUCGGUGUCGGGCUGGCGAGGCUGCUGUCGCGGCUUGUCAGCAGGGCGAGGCGGACUCAAAGGGUCUGGAGGGGCAGGCUGCUGCGGAUGCGUUUAACUCGGCCUUGGGUCUGUGA